AAUCAAAGAAAACAAAUCUUACUCUUCUUCUAUCUAUCUAUCUAUCUAGCAGUGAUCAAUGGAAGGUGUUGAAAUUAAACGACCACUGAAACUUCACUUCAUUCCAUAUCUAGCACCAGGCCAUAUGAUCCCUAUGUGUGACAUAGCAACUAUCUUUGCAUCUCAUGGCCAACAAGUCACCAUCAUCACAACUCCCUCUAACGCCAACUUCCUUUCCAAAUCUCUUCCCUCCAUAGAUCCUCUCUUCCUCCGCAUUCACACCGUUGAUUUCCCCUACCAACAAGUUGGUCUCCCCUCCGGUGUCGAAUCCAUGUCCAACACCCCUGAUCUUGCCUCCUCCGGCAAACUAUACGCAGGAGCAAUGCUCCUCCAAGAACCAAUUCAGAAUUUCAUGGAGAAAGAUCCACCUGACUGUAUCAUUGGUGACUUCUUGUACCCUUGGGUUCAUGACUUGGCCAGUAAGCUUUGGGUCCCGAAUCUCGCCUUCAAUGGUUUCUCCCUGUUUACCGUAUGUCUCAUGGAAACCCUUAGAACAAACCCAUCAAUAUAUCCUCAUAUGGAUUCUGAUUCAGAUUCGGGUUCAUUUGUUGUUCGAAAUUUACCUCACCCUAUCACCUUGUCUGGAAGACUGCCAAAGUCAUCAGAAGAAUUUAUGGGAUCAAUGCUGGAGAAAGAGCUCAAAAGUAAUGGACUCAUUGUCAACAAUUUCGCUGAGCUUGACGGGGAAGAGUACAUUAAAUAUUAUGUGAGUAGCACGGGUCAUAAGGCUUGGCAUCUUGGUCCAGCUUCUCUUAUUCGUAAAACUGUUCAAGAGAAAGCAGAGAGGGGACAAGAGAGUGCAGUGAGCGUGCAAGAGUGUUUGAGUUGGCUCAAUUCCAAGCGACAUAACUCAGUGUUGUACAUAAGCUUUGGAAGCCUCUGUCGUUAUCAGGAUAAACAGCUUUAUGAGAUUGCGUGUGCAAUAGAAGCAUCGGGUCAUGAUUUUAUAUGGGUUAUUCCCCUUAAUAACGGGAAAGAGGAUGAGAGUGAAGAGGAGAAGCAAAAGUGGUUACCAAAGGGAUUCGAAGAGAGAAACAUUGGAAAGAAGGGUUUGAUUAUUAGGGGUUGGGCUCCGCAGGUUCUGAUUCUGAGCCACCCCGCUGUGGGUGCCUUUAUGACUCAUUGUGGUUGGAACUCCACAGUGGAGGCUGUUGGUGCGGGGGUUCCGAUGAUUACAUGGCCUUCACAUGGAGAACAAUUCUACAACGAAAAACUGAUAACAGAAGUGCGAGGGAUUGGAGUGGAAGUUGGUGCAACAGAAUGGUGUUUGACUGGUUUUGAAGAAAGAGAGAAGCUGGUGAGUAGUGAUAGCAUAGAGAAGGCUGUGAGGAGAUUGAUGGACAGUGGUGAUGAAGCUGAGAAAAUUAGAAGUCGUGCUCAAGAGUUUGGAGAAAAGGCUAGACGAGCCAUUCAAGAAGGUGGCUCGUCUCAUAAGAAUUUGUUAGCCUUGAUUGAUGAUCUCAAAAGAUUGAGAGAUAGCAAGCCAAUUGAGUAGCUCAAUUGCAAUAAGUAUAUAUAUAUUUUUAGAUUAUAUAUUGUCUCAAAGUUUCAAUCUCUGAGUUUGUGAGAAGCUGGUUUUUAAUUAGUGUUCAGCUAUGAUCUUUUCAAGGAUAUUAAGGGAGUGAUAAAUAAAUUUUUCUUGUACUUUUUGCCAAGUUUCUUUCUUUAUUCAUUCAAGUUUUCCACUCAAA